CUAGAAGUUUCGUGAUUUUAUAACAAUUUGUCUUUAAUAAGAGGAUAUAAUAAAUACGCAGGAUUACUGCUGAUAUAUUCCAGAUAUAUCGUUCAUUAAAGUACACCCUUAACAAAGAUCCACCAAUUGUGCGCGACUCGGAAGCUGAAAUUUGGACAAGAACAUUUUGGUAAGAGCUUAUUUUCGCUGAUUUAGAAGAAAAAAUGGACAACGUCACAAACGGAAAUAAUAAUGGAAUUGAAGUGACCAAUUUAGUAUCGGUUCCUGGAAUUGGUAUGAAAACAGGAACCUUUAAGGUGAAAGCUGGGCUAGCUCAGAUGGCAAAAGGUGGAAUAAUUAUGGAUGUUACUAAUGCUGACGAAGCCAGAAUUGCAGAGGAUGCCGGGGCAUGUGCCGUAAUGGCCUUGGAAAGAGUUCCAGCAGAUAUCAGAAGAGAUGGAGGUGUAGCUAGGAUGACAGAUCCCAAGAUUAUCAGUGAGAUAAUAAAAGCAGUAACUAUUCCAGUGAUGGCCAAAUCUCGUAUUGGACAUUUUGCCGAGGCUCAGAUCUUAGAAUCUUUAGGGGUCGACAUGAUUGACGAAUCUGAAGUUUUAACCCCAGCAGAUGAAGUUAACCAUAUCAACAAGCAUCCCUUUAAAGUACCAUUUGUUUGUGGUGCUAGAGAUUUAGGUGAGGCUUUAAGACGUAUAGCUGAAGGUGCAGCAAUGAUAAGAACUAAAGGUGAAGCUGGUACAGGUGAUGUAUCAGAAGCAGUAAAACAUGCUAGAACAAUCAGUAAACAGAUCCAGAUAGCUAAAUCCUUAGACGAUAUAGAGAUCUAUAAUUAUGCUAAAGAACUUCGAGUACCAGUGGACCUGCUGAAGAAAACAGCUGAACUGGGUAGACUGCCAGUUGUUAAUUUCGCUGCUGGUGGAAUCGCAACACCUGCAGACGUUUCACUGAUGAUGCAGCUGGGAGUUGAUGGCGUUUUUGUUGGUUCCGGCAUCUUCAAGAGUUCUAAUCCUACCAAACGUGCCAAAGCCAUGGCACAAGCUGUAACACAUUAUAAAGAACCAAAGAUCUUAGCAACUCUUAGUGAAGACUUGGGGGAAGCAAUGUUUGGAGUUCCACACGAUAAACAGAAGAGUGUACCCUUCCAAUCCUCUCAGGACAAGCAAAAAAUUUGGGAUGCGACAUUGGGAAAUGCUAAUAAGGCAAAGGUUGCUCAGGCUUGAAGUUAUGUUUUCUACAUAUAUUUCUGAAAUAUUUCCUUUUUAUAAUAUCAAAUAGUCUUUUGAAAAAUGUGAUUGAGUUGUCAAUUGUCCAAAAUAUCUAAUUUUUGAUCCUCAAUACUUCACAAAUAAAAAAAUUCCAGUAAAGCAUUGUAUCAUUUCAAACUCAGAAAGGCCAUUUUUUAAUCAAUGAUUCCAUGUGUCCCAACAAGAUCAACAAGAUGGUCAUGACCUCUUUUCUGUGGUCUCUGUUCGUACUAGGAAGAUGUAAUAAAUAGCGUUGCUCUGGACAAUCAAACUUGCAGAAAUAUGGAACAAUUAGAUUUUCAACGAUUUCUGAUUAUGGAAAA